AGGGGAACAUCUAGAAAAUUACCAAACCGGCAUUGAAUCAAUAUUACACUACGAUAUUUAGGCGACUCCACUAUAGAUUAAUUCUACAAAAUUCCUGAAUUUGAUCCUGACGAACACCUUACUAAAACUAGUUUUAGUAAAGGGGGUAUCUACAAGGUGAGCAUAUUGUUAACAUUUACAAUUAUGCAUUUUUUUAUCUCAUCGGUCAAAUCCUCGACAAAAUUUACGAAGGGAUUAUCACUAUGGGUGAAUGCUUCAAAGAAAAAAAUGUUGAACUUCUAAAGAUAACUGAUAAGCUUCAAACAAUGGCAAAUAAAUCGCUUCUGCAUCACAGCUUUGAGGACUUAAAUGAGCAGAAUCACUGCUUCUGACAUGCAAACCAGAGAAUAUUUCAACCUUUAGUCAGUGUUUGUUGAAGUUUCAUACUCGAUUAGAAACAAUGUCAGUGCAAAGUAAAUCGAACAAGUUUCUUUACUUUGCCUACGGCAGCAAUUUGCUCAGUCACAGGAUUCACAUCAACAACCCCAGCGCAGAAAGGGCUGGAAUUGGAUGUUUGCAUGAUUACCAAGUGAGUUUUGUUACUUAUUCUAAACGAUGGAAAGGCGCUAGCGCCACUAUCAUACCUAAGCACUCCAAAGUGGUCUGGGGAGCCCUCUGGCACGUCGAUAAUGCUGAUCUGGAAAACUUGGACCGACAGGAAGGUGUCCAUGAAAACGUAUAUCGACCUCUCCAAGUGGACAUCGUUCUUCCAAGCGGAGAAAAAAUAAACGCUAGAACUUACCAGCAAACCGCGUCUCCUCCAGACGUCCAGGAUAUUAGAGAUCUACCUCAGGAUAAUCGGCCUUCAGUGGCUUAUUGGAAGACAAUAGUAAAGGGAGCUGAAGAAACAGGACUACCAAAGAACUAUUUGGACUUUUUGCAUCAUAUUCCUCAUAAUGAGUAUCACGGUCCUGUGGACGUGCAACUUCCUCUUUGGCUUCAUUAAUUUCAAUAUUUCUUGAGCCUUUUUAGUUAUGUGUAGCGGAAUUUUCUAUAUGAAAAAUGUGAAAUUAAAGAACAAAGUCCAUAAAACUCA